GAACACGCCCUAAUGGUUGCUUAGCAACGCAAUUGUUAAGAUCAUAAAAGAUACACAGAAGUUUGAUCAAAUGUUUUUAAAAGUAAUCCGUUGUAUUUAUAUGUCGUCUUUGAUUACAUUGGUGAUUGACGUCAAUCGAUGUCAAUAAUAAAUGUUAGGUCAGUAAUGUAGCCAUUAUUAUUUAUCUGCCUCGUUUUGAAAAAACUUUCAAUUAAGCUAUCAAAAAUCCAGUGUUUAUUGUUGAACGUGUUAUAGCAAUUGAUAGUAAAAUUGAUGAUGUGUUGUCGAGGUGUUCAGUGAACCGUUAUGACAGGUACAUGCAUCAAACAAAUAAAAUCAACGUCGGCUUUAACUACAGCAACGACCAAGGUUUACGCCGCCGCCGCCGCUGCUGUUGUCUCUCCACAAGAAGAACCCUCUCCCCUAAGACGUUACAUGACCAAACAGGAAGCUGAAAUACUAAGGCGAAACUCUACGUCUGAUUUAGAAAGAGAAUUUAUGAAUUACAUUGAAAUGCAACAACACGAUGGACAUGGCAUACAUAAAUAUGGACCUAUGCACAGAAACGACGCCAUCGAUGAACAUGGGACGAACGGCAGAUUUGCAUUACCCUCACCUACUGUGCAACGUUAUCCAAAUCACAGCUACAUGGAACCAAGAAGCCCCAUUAUGUCUCAUAACUAUAGAACACCAGUGACGCAAGGAAAUAUGACAAUCAUGACUAAUAUGCCUUUUAUUAAAGAAGAGCCUGACACCUCCCCUGUUGCAUGUGGAAUGUCCAAAGAAAGCAUAAAAAUAAAAAAAACGGGGGAAUUCUAAAUAUGUGAGUUAUUAUUUGUUCACGACAUGAUUUGUAAUAAUAAUUCUGAACUGAUCCGUUACUCAUGGUUAUGAGACAAAUAGCUAACACCUUGGAACACUUACUAUCUGGAGUGGCCAUCUUGAUUAUUUUUGAAGCAAAAUUAAUAAAUCAGAGAUGUCAAAUGUCUCCGUCCCUAGUUUGUAAGAUUUUUACCUUUCACAUAUUGUAAAUGACUGAAUUAUUUAAUAAUAAAAAUAUAAGGGAGGUG